UGUACUGUUACGCCGUGCGCGGGUGAAAAGGACGGGCGGGACGAAUAGCCAAACAAAGCAGACGGCCAGACAGACACAGGAGCGAAGCUAAACCCCAGGGUCCCACCGCAUGCACACCCACCAUGGUACAAUCCCUCAACCUCGCCGCCCUCAGCUCCACCUUCCGUCUCAUCCGCAACCCCUCCCUCCUCGUCCCGCACAUCAUCGUCCCCGACAUCCGGUCCCUAAAUUUCACUGCCCUACACGCAGCCAAUGUCACCGCACUCGUCUUUGAUAAAGACAACACGCUGACUGCGCCGUACGUCGUGGGGAUCCAUCCGCCAUUUCGAGGGGCGUGGAGGGAGUGUUUGGGCGUUUAUGGACGGGAGGGGGUGGUUGUUGUGAGCAAUUCGGCGGGGACGGGGGAUGAUGUUGGGGGCGCAAAGGCACGGGAAGUGGAGAAGACGCUGGGCGUAAACGUGUUACGACACAACACCAAGAAACCAGCAGGCGGCUCCGCUCUCCCGACCCACCUCUCCGUCCCCCCCGCCCAAAUUGGCGUCAUCGGCGACCGCCUCCUCACCGACGUCGUCUACGGCAACUCCGCGGGUCUCCUAACAGUGCUCGUAACGAAGAUCGUCACCGAGGAGGGCGAUAACCCUUUUGCUGCUAUGGUCCGACGCCUCGAACACCCUCUCCUGAACUUCCUCCACGCGCGCGGCGUCAAACCGCCCCCGCAUCCUGCUAUGGCACACCCCGCGUCUGCCGAGUUUGUGCGGAGCGUUGCUGACUCAUGAUGAAGCUGACGAAAGCGGAGGUGUUGGCCCUUCUUGGGGUUUUUGGGACGCCGCGCGGUGGAGGUGCGAUGCGAGACCAUGAGUCUACGUCAGGUGGUGGGGUUUCAUCGCCGAGAUGUGAGGGGAAGCGGCGUAAGGAGAUGAAACCGGUCAAAAGCACCGCAACUCCUAACCUGCUUCAAGCGAGGCAAUAGUUUGGGUUCGGGGGGUAAAAAGCCGGGGAAAGGUAGCUCGAACUCCGGCUCAAAUGUCAUAUGGUGUAGAAAAAGUAGAUCUGAAAUUUAACGGCACGGAAUGACGGCCUGACGCGGUCGUUCGGAUAUCACUCACCG